AGCGAUUGUUACCUUGAAAGUGCCUCAAAAUACAAAUAUAGGCUGAAGAAAACAAUUUAUGUGAGUCAAACUAAUUCCAAAUACAUUUUGUUUUCUCAACCCAAAUAUUCUGAGUCUAACAGUUUCUAAACUUGGCGCCUCACUUUAAUGGCGGCCCUUAUCCACCUCCACCAUCCUCCCUUCGACUCCGCCGCCUCCUCUCCUCCCUCUCACCUCCUCAAAUCCUCUACUCCCAUAAAAAUCACGUGUUUCCUUUCUCCCUCCAAAACCCCUCUUUCUCUCUCCUCUCCCAAGCCCCAGCUCUUCUCAGCCCCACCAUUUUUACUGUCCAAAACUCCACCUUUCGAGCACCUACACACUCCAAAGCUUCCCGAUAACAUUCAACCGUUGUCCAACGAUGAGAUUUCUCGUCUGCUCAAACUCUCCCGCGAGCACGGCGAUGUUCAGCUCGGCAAAGCGGUUCACGCUUCAAUUAUCAAAUUUCGUCAAGACAUACGCCUCUGUAAUUCUCUCAUUACAUCUUAUAUCGAAUUGGGUCACUUGAGCUACGCGGAGAGGGUUUUCCAUUUAAUUGCGAAACCGGAUGUUGUGUCCUACACCGCUCUGAUUUCCGGCUUGGCGAAAUCGGGCCGCGGGGAAGAAGCUGUCGCGCUGUUCCUUGAGAUGAGAGUGUCGGGAAUCGAACCCAACGCGUAUGCUUUCGUUGCGAUUUUGACUGCCUGUAUGCGUUUGUUGGAUUUAGGUUUGGGUUCCCAAAUUCACGCAUUGUCGAUCAAAACCGGUCAUGCUAAUAGCAGUUAUGUUGCCAAUGCUGUGAUGGGGUUAUAUGGUAAAAGUGGUUGCUUCGAUUUUGUGAUCAAACUGUUUGAUGAAAUGCCUGAGAGAGACAUUGCCUCUUGGAAUACUGUAAUUUCGUGUGUUGUUAAGGAGGGUUUGUACGGUGAAGCAUUUGAACUGUUUUAUGAUAUGUUGGUAGAGAUGCAAGAGGGUUGUAGAGCAGAUUACUUUACUCUUUCUAGUUUAUUGAUCGCAUGUGCAAGAUUUUCAUCAUCAUCAUCAUCAACUAUGUAUGGGAAGGGAAUUCAUGCAUAUGCAGUUAAAACAGGGUAUGGCGGCAAUUUGAGUGUGAGGAAUGCACUAAUACAGUUUUAUGCAAAGUGUGGGUGUGUGGAAGAUGUUGAGGAUCUGUUUGGGAGUAUGCCGGCAAGAGAUGGCUUUACAUGGACUGAAAUGGUUAGUGCAUAUAUGGGAUUCGGGCGUGUUGGUUCAGCUUUGGAGGUCUUCUGUAUGAUGCCUGAGAAGAACUCCAUUGCUUACAAUGCCCUCUUAGCCGGAUUUUGCCAAAAUGGCGAUGGCUCACGGGCGUUGAGAUUCUUCUGCAGAAUGGUGGAGGAGGGCGUGGAGUUAACUGAUUUCACAUUGUCUAGUGCUUUACAUGCUUGUGGUUUGAGCAAGCAUUCAAGGUUCAGCAAACAGAUGCAGGCCUUUGUUGUCAAGAUUGGUUCUGGCACGAACGAGUAUAUCCAAGCCGCAUUGCUUGAUAUGUGCACUAGGUGUGCUAGAAUGGGCGAUGCUGAGAAGAUAUUCCAUCAGCUACCAUUGAAAGAGAGAAGCUCGAUCAUGCUGACAACGAUGGUGUGUGGAUAUGCCCGACACGCAGAGUUGGAGAAAGCAAUCUCUUUGAUCAAUGAGGAAGAACAACAUAUCGCCAUUGAUGAGGUCGCAUUAGCUUCAACACUUGGAGUGUGUGGGGAUCUAGGGUUUCAAACUCUCGGCGAACAAUUUCACUGCCGCGCUAUAAAACAUGGUUCUUUAUCCGAUGUAGGUGUUGGGAACGCGAUAGUCAGCAUGUACUCCAAAUGUGGGGAUAUGGAACGAGCGAUGAAGGUGUUCAAUAGCAUGCCUGAACACGACAUAGUUUCGUGGAACUGUGUGUUGUCCGGCCAUAUCCUUAACAGGCAGGGGGAGAUGGCCUUGGAUGCAUGGAAGAAGAUGCUGAGAGGAGGUAUACGGCCAGACACAGUCACCUGUGUCUUGAUUAUCUCAGCUUAUCGCCACACUAAGUCGAAGCUAGUUGAACAGUGCCUCGAGUUCUUCCUCUCCAUGAAGCGUAUCCAUAACGUAGAACCCAAUUCGGAGCACUAUGCUAGUUUGGUUGGCGUGUAUGGCUUCUGGGGGCUUCUCGAAGCAGCAGAGAAGAUAAUCAAGAAGAUGCCAUUUGAGGCAACGGCUUCUGUUUGGAAAGCCUUGCUUGAUAGCUGCAGACUGCACAGAAACGCCACAAUUGGGGGAAGGGCUGCCAAGGAAAUACUGAGGCUCGAGCCACAAGAUCCGUCCACGUACAUACUCAAAUCAAAUCUUUACUCCGCAUCUGGGAGGUGGCACUGCUCUGAUCUCGUUCGAGAAGAGAUGAAAUCGAAAGGGCUGCGGAAAUUCCCUGGCCGGAGCUGGCUCAUUCACGAGAACAAGGUGCAUUCCUUCUUUGGGAGGGAUAAGUCGCAUCCAGAGACGAAGGACAUCUACAGCGCGCUGGAGAUACUGUUUAUGGAAUGCUCGAGAUCCGGCUACACGCCUGACACGAGCUUCGUGCUUCAUGAGGUGGAGGAGCAUCAGAAGACCAAUUUCUUGCUGUACCACAGCGGGAAACUGGCGGUCGCCUACGGCCUGCUGGUGACGGGUUACGGGAAACCGGUGAGGGUGAGUAAGAACAUCCAUGUUUGCGGGGACUGCCAUACAUUCUUCAAGUAUGUCUCGGUUGUUACCAAGAGGGAGAUACAUGUGAGAGAUGCUUCAGGUUUUCACUGUUUUCUUCAUGGUGAAUGCUCCUGCUGUGAUCAUUGGUGAAACCCUGAAUUUUGGUUGGUUUCUGUUUUGGGAUGUUUGGACAUUAAUCUGUUAUGUAUAGAUACUUUUGUUUUUUCUUAUGUUUUGGGCGAUUGAUUUUGCCAAAAAAUGUGAUGUAACAUGUAAGUAAAAUAUGCAGUGUGCAACUGUAAUGGAACAAGCUAAUCUAUGACAAAGAUUUGUGACUUGACUUGUA